AUGUCUUCUCUUGCCGCUGAGGUCAAUACCUCGGACAUCACACGCCAAGUUACCUCGAGGACGACCAAGAGCGGUCGUCGACUGCACUAUGAGCUGACCUGCCUUCAACAACCCGAACGCGCCCGAGCCUGCGGCUCCGGUCAAAAAUCUGCCGCCGACAGACGUCCUGUCGACCCGCCGCCCGUCGUCCAGCUACGCGUGUACGAAGGGCCUACUCUGGAAGACAGCAAGGAUAUCACACUUGGGUACAACGCCAAUUUUUUCGUCUACGUUGACCUGCAGCAUGCCCGGCCCAUGGCAAACGGGCGGGUUCAGACGCCUGCAGCGACCUCGCCGCCUGUUUUGACCGGUGCUCCCGUUUCGGGCAUGGCCUACCUCGACCGUCCUACCGAGGCCGGAUACUUCCUCUUCCCUGAUUUGUCGGUUCGACACGAGGGCCGCUACGUCUUGGGGUUCAGCUUGUACGAGGAACUCAAGGACGAGGAAGACCAGGACGGCGAUCCGGCUGACGAUCCCACGCCGGGCUUCUACCUUCGCAUGAAGCUCUUGUCUGCGCCUUUUGUCGUGUUCAGCGCCAAGAAGUUUCCCGGCCUUACCUCGAGCACCUCGCUGAGCCGUACUAUUUCUGAACAGGGCUGCCGCGUCCGCAUCCGCCGCGACGUCCGCAUGAGGCGGCGCGACGGGAAGCCCUCGGCAGCUAACGAGUAUGACAAGGACGAGGAAGCUGCGCGCAGCAGGCGCACGCAGACGCCCGACAUGCGCAAGGACCAGUACCGAGGACGGUCCACGAGCAACAGCAGCGACCAGAGAACGCCCUACUCGGCGGUGCCCGAGCAGCGUCGGCCGUCCGACGUGGACUCGUUCCCUCCGCCACUGCCCCCGCCGCCUCCCCCUCCUCAGCAUGGCCCUCCGCAGCACGGCCCUCCUGUUGUUCCGUCGACGGCACAGAUGCGCUACGGCUCGGAUGCGUCCAGCAACGGAUAUUCCCAGCACUACAUCCAGCCCGCGGCCCAGCCGUCGCCCAUCUCGCCCACCUCUGCGUACCACCCCGGGCAGCCGUCUCCGUAUGCUGCUGCCGCACCGCCGCCAUCAGCGUACGGAUAUCAGACUAUGCCGGCGCCGACCCCGCACUACGUCCCCGGCUCGGUGACCCCGACGAUACCGCGAGACGUCUACGACAGCCGGCCGCCGACUUCAAGCGUGCCACCCUCGCCGUCUCACGGACAGUAUCCGACGAAGGAGACGGUCUACAGCAGGAGAGAGUCCGAGUACAAGGCAGAGGGCGAAUACGCAAGAGGCCCCGAGACUAGGCGGGAUUCGCAUCUCGCUCCUGUCCAGCCGGCGCCAGGCGCUCGUGGUCCGAUAACGUUGCCUCCCAUCUCGGCGGUGUCGGACACGUCCAGCUACUCUCUCUCCGGCAUGGCGGCACCCUCGAUGUACCAUUCGUCGGCGGCGCCACCACCACCACCACCGCCACCACGGGGCGAUUACAUCGAACCCUCGCCGGCGGUGACGGCGCCUGUUCCGGAGAUGGCGGCGCGUGCAGGGUCGAAGAGGGCAUACAACGAGACGUUUGCGGAGACGACGUCGUCGCUUUACGAUGGGCAGCGACCACAGGACGCGCACCACCACAUGCAUGGGCGGCCGACGUAUUAUGACGCGGAAGAGCCUCCGAUGUUUUACCAGAGGGCGGACGGCAAACAGGUGUUCAAGACGCCGAACCAUUUUUUCAACUCAUAG